AUGUCGGCAACAAUUCUCGUAGGGCAAGCGCCUACCGUUCUCGGGCCGUUGACCACCACCUUUACACCGCCGGCGGCGUGCACGGUAGGGGUAGGGUCAGUCGACGCCGGCUUGCUCGGUCUCGGGCUGCUGGGAGGGUCGGUAGCCAACAUCGCAUAUCUCGGGCAGACAUGCGUGCGGGGCAAGGCCGUUGACGCCACAUCCUGCUGGCCGCCGACGUCUAGCGGCACCGAGGCUAAGUCGGCGCCACUUGGCGGCUGGGGGUAUUACUCGCCGGGUCUGCACUGCCCGAUCGGGUAUGCCACGGCGUGCUCAGCGACGGGGGGCAGUGGCGGAGCGUCGGGAUGGCCAGUGCAGUUCAAGCUGCUGGACGGCGAGACAGCCGUGGGCUGCUGUCCGAGCGGUUACGGCUGUGCGAACAUCAACGGCCAAACAUGCACUGUGGUCGCCACGUCGACUACGGUGCAGACGGUAACGUGUGAGGGCACCAAGAUGGGUGACUUUGCGGUUCAGACAGUGCCUGAUCCCGCAGCCUCCAUCACCGCCUUCAGCCUGUUCGCGCCCAUGAUCCAGAUCAACUGGCAAAGCAGCGACACCACCACGGAGACGUCAGCGACGGCUGGCCCGACGACGUCAGCGACGGCCGGCCCGACGACGACACCAGAGCCGGGAGCAGCAGCCACGGGGGCAGCCUCAAACGGGACGGCGACCGGCCAGCCACCAACAGCCUCGGGAACCAAGACGGUCAACACAGGCGUGGCGUCUGGCGUGUCGACGCUCGAAACAGACGGACCGCUGCCGCCGGCCACGGGAACUGGGAGCAGCACCGCCAGCAACAGCGGCACUGGAGCGGCACGGCCUCCCAGCGAUGCGGAGCAGACACCAGACUCGUCGUCAGGUAGCGGCGGCUUGGCGACGGGCACCAAAGUCGGGCUCGGGAUCGGGGGCGGGAUCGCAGCCGUGGUGCUCGUCGUGUCGGUGCUGAUAUACGCCUGGCGACGGCGAAACAGCCGGCGCGAAGACCAGGAGCUGGAUCGCCUGUAUGGCUUGAAGCAUGGCUCCAGCUCCGACCUCACGGGCGCCAACGAGAUCCCCGGCUGGUACCGCGGGCAGAGACUGCUCACGCCAACGGCAGAUCCGUUCCGCGGUCCGGGCACGCAGCUGGAGACGCCGCCCUCGCCGUACUACCGGCCGUACCGUCCAUGA